AUGAGCAGCUCCUUUGAGUUAUACAUUCAGUGGUGCUGUUCAAUUGCAUUACUCUCGUUUCAUGGUGGCCUGGUACCUGCAUGGGGUCAUUGGGGUGCUAUCGAGGUCGAGGUCCCAGCGACCCCAACACUUGAACCAGCCGAGGCCGUUGUACCCGGCGGAAGCGGAAGCAAAGUCGAUGCACCCUACACACACAGACACACACACACAGACACACAGGACACAGAACGUUGUGCGCGCGUCGUCGUGGCGGGUGUGCAUGUGUGCGUGCCGCCUUGUAUACACGGGGGUGUGGCCGGCGAGGCUUUGAGCGGACCUGGAUACGAGCGGGGGGGGGAGGGGGGUUACGCAAGCCGGGGGGAGGGGGCGCGGGUGGGGGCGGGGGAGGGGGAGGGGGCGAUCAAUGCGCGGGCAUUCACCCGCCUGCAAUGCGCCGCGCCGCAGAGACACCGCCGGCGGCUUAUGGCGCCCUGCAACAUUGAUGGAUAUGAUAUCAGUAAGGAUCAUCUUCCCUCCAUCCUAGGGGACCCUACAUCUGUAGUACUAACACCAUAUGUAUACAGUCAGACGACCUUGCCAUCGUCCUGCCUCCCCGGUCCGCCUGCAGGUCCCCUGUACCGUCUACAGUCUAGACAUGGGGUUCCAAGUGCAUUUUUCUGUCUGGACCCCUCCUGCAACCCUAUCCUGCACGCGUGUGCGUUAUUUAAUUUUUAA